AUGAAGAUUGCCUUGUUUAUCUGUGCUAUUGCUGCGUCGGUGGCCACUGCCUCUGGUGCUGAAGCAGAUACCCCCAAUAUCAGAGUGCGCCAGUUGCACGGGGAUGAGGAUCAUGAGCAUACCAACACCAGUGCUCUUUGCUUCAGCGGAGAGACGACUGUGGAGGUUGCGGAUGAAGGUCCCGCGUCCAACUAUGCCACUCCCACUGGACCUGACGAGGAAGGAUACGAUCCUCAGUUUGUAGAAUUCCAAGGUUCCAUUUCCUCGGGAAUUUCUCAGCAAUCCAUGACACACUACCUCUUGGCACCUCUCAGAUUGUUGUGUUUGGGAGUUGCGCCACAGCUCUGUCAAAAUGAAGUCUUGUUGGACCAACAGGGAUCGCCACACUACAUCCAGUUCAUGCUUGAUUUGGCCAAUCAUGCCAGGGUACACUUCUCAGCUACAGCACAAGCCUUCAUGAUGAUGAUCUUUGUCAUUGGAUUGGCACCCUUUGCGCUGACAGAGGCAAUGGUUGGGCCUGCUCUGGCUCCUUGGCUCUUGGCAUUGAUGGGAUUUUCAAUCUUUUACAAGCACAAGCAAAACCAAGCCAAGGCAAAGACUGCUUAA